UAACUCAGUUAAGACAAGAAGUUAUAAAUUUAAAGGAUAUAAAUCGCAAUCAGCAGGAGUUAACUAAUGAGCUGGGUGCAUUAAAUGAAACCCUUAAGGAGCAAAUUGAUGACUUAACCGAUAAGAAUGAAACUAUUCAAUCCGAAAUAAAUGAGAAAACCAGAUUAUAUGAUCAAGCCCAAGACAGGUUAGAUGAAUGUCGAGAAGAAAAUUAUCAAUUAAGAGAAUCUUUACAAGGUGCACAUGAAAAUAUUACAGAAAGUGAGUCAACAUAUGACAGGUUAAAACAGAAAUUGCGCAUCUUAGGAUUAACUCAUGUUGCAUGGCAGGCUCGAAAUUUAAGACAGGCCCAAAUUUUGGAUAUAGAAUUCAAUACAGCAAGAACGGCUUGGAGGAAUCAAAGAAAUAGAAAUCAACAUAUUACUCGGGAAUUACAAAAUUGUCAGAGUCAUGGUAGGAAUUUACAAAAUGAUAAG